AGUUUUCUGAAAAACAGAAAACUAAGGUUUUUUCGUCAUCACAACAACGAUUUAAAUAUGUGCAAACGUUUGUAUUAGAUACAGAAACUUGGUUGACCACGUAUUUAACAAAAGAUUGUCUAAGGAUUAUAGAGGAAUGCGUGAAGACUGAGGUGCCAAUGUUUGAAAAUAAGGAUGACGUUGAAAAGUUUUUAAAAAAAAUUCAAGCAGAAUUUCGAGAAUUUUGGUAUUCUUUAAUCAAUUCUAUGAUGAAAUUUGUUUCUCCAAUAAACCCAUACCCGAUAAAUCCACAAGAUCCGCCACCACCGAUAAUUUCUCUAAUCAUGUCUCGCAUGCUAUUAGAUUUCGGCGAAAUUAUCGUUACACAAGUUUACACAUCUUUUUCUGAUAGACUAUAUACUCCCCGAGAUAAUAAAAAUAAAUUUUCGAUUGAUAUUUAUGGUGGUUAUGGAGAACGUCACGCUAUCUCUAAAGAGCUGACACAAGAUGUUAGAGAAAUUGUUGGUGCAUGUAAAGAUAUUGCCCAGAGAAUUUUGGAACGAUAUGUGGAGAUUGUUGGGAAUCGAAUUUCUAUGGGCAUUCGCAGCCUUUAUACAAUGAAAUCAAUCUCUACAAAUCUAACUGAUGUGUCAUCACAACCAAUGGGUGUUUCAAAAAUAUGG